ACGAGCUGGUGAUUAUCGGUAUUUCGAUCAAGUGGAUAAAGACAUUGAUAUUCCACUGGUACCUCCUAGAGACAUUGAUGAAGAAGAGUACGACUCUUACGACCCGAUGCCUUUUGGCGAGGUAAAAACUACGGAAAUAAAUGAUUGCACUAUAUUUUUUGUGGGUUUUGUGGGAUUUUGGGCUACUUUUAUUCACAAACAUGGCCACCGUACUGGAAGUAACAGAAAUAAGGCACCGAAGAAAAACAGCUUUACGAAACAAGGCACAAGGGAAGCCGACAAUCAAAACUAGUAAGCCCGGUAAUAAAGGCGACGAUCUUGAAACUGGCUUAUCGUCAGCCCGAAAAGCUCUGGAUGUUAUUAAAUUUCUAUGGGGCGCUUUUGAGAGUGUUAUUGUUAGUGUAAAUGGAGUCAUGGAUCGUGCCACAAGAAACUUUCGGCACAUACUAAUGGAGAUUAAUAAAGACAUAGUCACUCUUAAGGAGCAAACUAAUUAUAAGGCGGGAGUGCGUGUGGGCUCAAAUAAAAUCUGGUAUCCCACAGGGAGUUAUAAAGAGAUCCUCAAUGAGCAGUAAGUUCAAUUUGAUUUCAAUGAUCUGGAAGAUUUCAUAUGAUUUUGUUGUAUUUCAUACGGCAAAAAGGAGCGAGAUCUCGAGCACUAUUCCAUCUACAUAAAGUUUUUUCUGGCCUCAUGGCAUUUAUUUAUGGCGCAGUCGGAAUGGUUUUGUGCUCAUUAUACUCUAUCAAACCCUGAAAGGCAAUCUGAUAUCCCUGCCUAUGCUGUUGAUGACUUUCUGCUGGGGAGCAUUGACUGUUCCCAGACCCACCGAAACUUUUUGGGGCGUAAAUAUUG